CAAUGGAUGGCAGAGGGUCCGUAGUACCCAAAGAACUGGCUGGAGUGGUCCAGUAGCCGGGAAGGGGCCUAGAAGUGCCAACUACUACACCACACUACACUCGGCUCUACACAUUUACAGAGCUAACCCCUGUCCAGUCCCUGGCAGAGUGAAGGGGGCUUCCAUCCUUAUUCCCUAUCCCCUCGCCCAGGCUAACGGGGCCUUACUUUUUCAGGGGGGGGAGAGUGGAGCCCCGAGAAGCACUGUUGAGAGGAAGAUCCUUGGCCCCUCCUAAUUCUCUACAGGGUUCCAAACCUUUCUUCAACAUAGGUGACAACGAGCGGGGCAGAGAUGGAAGAGAUCGAACACGAGAAUAAGAAGCAAGCUCGCCUUCCUUUUUUAUCAUUUUGAUAGAGAGGGAUGGAGAAAGUGGACAAAACAGACUGGCAUUUCCCAGUCGAAAAGAUGGGUUCCUUUUUCGUCUUGCAUUUCUCAUCGCGGAAAAAUAAUAAUAUUUAAAACGUUCCCAACCCACCAACCCUUUCCUUCGUAGAGUCGUGUAUUGUAAUCCGAACCUGCCCGGAGCGAGUCUCCCAUAGAGGCAAGUUAAGUUGGUGAGCCGUAUGAUGGGCAACUAUCUCCUGCGGUUCGGAGAGGACUCAGCUGUUAGUUAGUACCCCCUUUCGGGGUGGACCUUUCACUCUAUUUUAUUAUAUACGCUUAGCGAAAAGAAUGUUUUUUGAUACACCUAGGACAUGGAUUUUAUAUGAACCAAUGGAUCGUGACAAGUCGUUACUACUAGCAAUGACUUCGUCUUUCAUUACUUCAUCCUUUCCAUAUCCCUCUCCCUUGUUCUCAGUUACUCAUCAAAUGGCACUCAGUUCAUAUCUUUAAGUUCGAUCAUUGACAAGGUUCAAAGAAAGGGUGGGCCAUAGUGUCUAUAUGGGAACCGGCCGUAAACUCCUUUUCUGGUGUAGAUCCCCUCCCUUAUGAAUAAGUUCCCCGGGUACAAGGAAUGAGUGCUCCUAAUGUCUUUUCGGUGUAGAUCGUCUCUUUGAGACCUUUUCAAGUCUCUUCGGUAUGGAUUCGGUGCAGGGAUUCCUGCUUGUGCUCUUUCUUUGUGGCAUUAUCGGGCUUAAAGACCAGGCACUCUAUAUGUGUUUCGGUAUUGAUCUGAGCACUCGUGUAACUACUAAUAAAGCUCGAGGGACCUUUCUUUCGGCUACCAGUUUUACUUAUCUUGGUCAGGUCUAAGGGUAAGCCCUUUUCUUACUCUUCAACUCCCUUCCUUUUUUCUAUCGGAGUGCAAACCGGGGUUGUGAGCGAGCAAUGAAUCAGGCAUCGGUCGUUCCAGCGGUAGAGUCCUUCGGAUGUUGAAUGGUCUCGUUCCGUUCCUGUGUAUAAAGGAAGUAACCCGUGGGUAUCUUCUAUUGAUUAACGAACUGGGAAUCAGAGCUCUUCCGGAUCUUCGGUAACUGGAGCAUCCAUGAAAGCGAGGUUUCUCCUGCAGCUUUGCCUUUUUUACCCCUCUCUUUUUCCUUAUCGCCUUAGCCGGCCGGCAUUUCAUAAACUAUUAAUAGAAUAAAGUUCCCAGGAAGGACGAAAGCCUUUCUCUUUGGGGACCGGUGUGUGCUAUAGUAAUGUAUGGCGCUCACUCUGGAAAGUCGGAAGCCUGUCUCCUUCUAUACUAUAGUUCGUCUGUAAGGGAAAUGAAAGGGCUGAUUCACUGACUGGUCUUCCAGAGCGUCUCUUUCCUUGCCUUGUGAUAAUUCUUUCUUAUAGGCUAUUCAAUACCUUGUGCUGAAGUGGCUCAUGGAGUCUUUCUCUUUAGUCAAUCGUCUUCUUCGGUCAUAGUAGUGCUAAGCCCAGAGGCUUCAACUGCAAGGCAUCCCUAAGAUUCUAUCUUGCUUGAAAGGAUUUUCCUCUCGACAGAAGGGCUGUGGUUUCUAAGUCGAGGCAUUUCAUCAUUCACUGGUAGUGAGAGCUGAGCUUCCCUUUGUUCUUUGGUCCCAGGGCAAAGCCUACCUAAAUAAAUUCCCUUGCGCCAACAGGUAGGGCGUCCUGUGGAGAUGUUGGACCAGUCCAAUCGGUAAAGGUAGAAUUAGUUUCCUCAUUAUCAGCCAAGCUGCUGGGAAUGAAAUGAGAGCUCCUCACUCGUUCUCUUUCUGUGAUUCGGUCCUAUUUGAGACUACUAAGGCACAAGUGAAGCUUCUGGAAUGUCUUUCUUUCUCGUCAAACCGGCAGGAAGCAUUUCAUCCUGUCGAAAGAGAAAUAAGAUAAAAUAGAACUCAGCACAUCAAGCCGAUAAUCCCAAGCAACCUACUAACUACAAUGCUAAGAAAAAGAAGAAGCCCGGUUAAAUCUACGCUGAUAUUUUAUAACGAGUCUGACACUAUAAUGCAUUCUAAACUCAAGAAAUUCCCCUAUCUUAUAGGGUAUCAAAGAUAAAGUUCGUUUCAAUCGAAUGCUGAAAUAAAUGUUAUCAUAAAGGCUGUUAUCACUAAAGCAUUUAGGCAUCCGGUGAUACCGAUUCCUCAAGGCAUCCCUACUCCGUGUUGCUAGUCACUCUUGGCCAACACCAUCCUGUCGAGUUGAACCAGGCCUAUUUUAAAAUAGAUAUGACAUAUAAGAUAAUGGCAUCUAUCUUUGUUAAUUCCGGAAGAUCAACUUCAUUCCUUGCUUUAGAAUGACGAAGAGAGAAGUGUGAAUGCAACCUUCCCUCUAUUCUUUCAGUUGUUCGCAGCUUCUUUAUCUGGUAUUGAGUUCAUAGACCACAAUCUAAAUGUGAUUCCGACACCUGACGAAGACCUUCGACGUGCUGCGGAAGCAAAGUCGUAGUUAGUAGCCCGUUACGGAAAGCAACCCUCGCUCUAUUCUUCUAUUAUACAGAUACGGCUAUUCUAGGAAGUCCGGCUAAGCUAGCUCCUAAAAGAAUCAAUCCUUGCUAUAACAGCUUUUCUUCUUUCAUUGCUCUUCUUAGCCUUGCAAAUGAGGCGGUUGAUAGACCCGUAUGGUUAACAUAAACUUCAGAGUCUGAGGCUAGCUCUAGGACAAGCUGAGGUGGAUCUUUCUCCUCAGGGGUGAAGUCCAAGACUAAUGUCUAUCUUUCUGCACUUCCUUAACUCUUUCAGGAUUGAAUACUAGUAUAUCUUGGUAAGAUUAGUGUCUAUUCCAUCCCUUCGUGGAGUUAGGGCAUGUGGAAUCAAAGAGUCAUGAUGCUUUAGUUGUGGGUUAGCAGGGACAGGGAAAGAUGAUCACCGCGAUCGCAAUGGCCCUCAAGCUAAAUAAGGACAGAAUUGUCUUCCAUUCUUAGCAAUCCCUCGAAGUACUUCUGCUGAAUGAUAACGAUCCCCUACCACCAAGACCAACAGCUGCGGAUUCAAUAGCAUCGGCGAGAGAGAGAAUUCCUAUUGAGUUAGCUUUCCUGGGGGAGAGGAUAUUCUAUAAAGGCUAUACCACCCCAGAAGAUCAGACAUAAUUCUCUAAAAGCAGCUACCGGGUGAUAAUUACAAACUACCAGCUGACAGCUACACGGAUUCACCACUACUUAUGACUUAUUACUCCUGCUCCUAGACAAACAAAUAAGCAAGGAAAGAGGAGGGAAUAAAGCAUAUUUUAGGCAUCGACUAGGUUGCCAAUCAGAUAAAGGCAAUGAAAUUGAUCAAAUGGGGGGGCCAACCGCUUCGACGUCUUCAGAGUCAGAGAAGUGGACAAAUGCUGCUAGUCUUUUGAAUCAACUGUGGCACUUUAAUUAGCAUUACCUUGUGUAAAAAAAAAGCACUUCUUUUAGUGAGCGAGUUAACCGCCUACGGCCCCUCGAUGGUUUGCUUUCAGUUUACUUUUGUGGUUCUAUCGUAACUAAAGAUGAUUCUGUUCUGUUAAAAGAUUAGGAGUAAGGGCACUUGCUGUUGCCGCUCUUAGAGUAAGAAGAUCAGAGCUUAGCUUAAGGUUCACUUUAGGAUAGAUGGGCCUAGACCUUUUGCCUCCUUCCUUCAAAGAGCCGAUUCGUGACAAGAGAAGAGCCCUGGAAACGACUAAAAGGCUAGUACCGUAUACGACAACAAGACCAACAAGAGUUCCUACUCAUACUCUUACUAAAGCACCGGCAACUCCAACUGUAGCAGCGGUUAUUGCCAACAGCGUCUAAUCCCAGAGCUUCUAUUUACUCAAGACCAGAUACGCAUUCAGUUAGCUUUCUAGCAGCGGUAAUGCCAUCAAGAGCGUCAAGGCUUAGAGCUUCUUUUCAAGCUACCUAUUCUGUGUUUGGGUUAACUAUUGAUUCAAUUGCGACAAGAACGUAUUCUUUCCUUUCAAAGAGGGCAUUCGAUGCCUAUUCUUUUCUUAUUGAUCCUUACUUUCCCUUUACUUCGUCUAAAAAGGCUCGAGAAGGCCUAUCUUUAAUUUAAGCUAAAAAAAGAAGAGUUCAAGUGGUCUAAGCCCCCAGAUCCUGUUUCAUCGGCCUUCGGGAUAUAGAAAGCUUAUUUCCAUUUUUUUAAUUAAAAGAAGCCUUAAGGCGACAUCUCUUAUACAACCUAAGACUAGCAUGCAACCCUCAAGGCGAAAUGGUUAGCAAGACAGUCAAGCAGUGCCGGCCUGAAGCCACUCCUUCUCUGAAAGGGCUCGCGCACGUGUGCAUAUAAAAGAGAGCUAAUGAGAGGAAGGGACGGGACGCUAAGGUGCCGCGGCAAAGUAAGCUUAGCCUUUCUCCGGUCAGCUGAUAUAGACUCCCCCCAUUGGCACUUCUUUGUAAGUUAGCACAUCAAUGAAUACUAAGUCUGUUGUCAAGAGUGAGCACAAAAUAUGUAUGAAUUUCCUUGAUCCAAUUUCCCAUCUCAAACUGAUGAAAGGUAGUGUCACUUUUCCUUUGAGCGAAUUACAGGGCGGAAAAGGAAGCACUCUGAUGACAUCGCACGUCGAGAAAGAAGCUGGCAGAGGGUAUAGUCUUGAUUCUGAAGCCGAAGGAGCAGGAGUUUAAAAAUCCCACCGGGAUGAAAGUAAAGGGAUGCUCGCUAGCAGGGAUUAAAAUUAAUCCCGUAGGAAGGAGACAAUCUUCUUCUGUUUACAAGUCUUGUUGAAGAAGCCUUGACUCGUCUAUCCGAUUCCUCAUCAACUCCUGACCGAUGUAGAGAAAGUUCAGCCGAGGUAUAAGCUCUUGCUAAGUCGAAGAGAUCCGCUUUGCCAUCUAUGCCGCUCACUCCCCUAUUCAAGAAAGAUUAUCUUCCUGGGGUCAUAUCUUAGUCUUUUCCUCCACCCGUUGGAGUAUUUAGUAGUUGGAGGGGGAACUUAUCUUGCAAGUUUUUACCCGAAAAGAAUCUUAUCCCUUGGUUAGUUUAGGUAUUUUAUUAUCCCCUCCCAUUCAGUCUUAUCCUGCUGUACUUUAGGCAUUGUUCGCCUUGGACCUGAAAGGAGGAAGAGCAGGUGUUGAAGCUCAUAGGCUUGGAGAGGUAUGAAGUCUUUAUACUGCUAUCAGAGGAGAUGAAGCGGAAGAAACUUGAACUAAUCUUUCUGCCCUUUAACCAGCUCCUGCCUUUACCGGAUCUAAUGUUAAAGCAUACGUACCCUUUUGCAGACGAGUCACCUAUUAAGAGUCGAACAUCCUCAAAAUCUUUUCCAGACGGUAAGCCGUAAAGUGUCCCAGCAACAAGGGAAGUCAGCCUUCUGUAAUUAAGACUUCAAUAAAAGACUGAAAGAUAUGAUUGAUAUAUUAAAUUAGACAUUAUAAAUUAUACCACCCUUUCCUAAAUCUUUUAAAAAGAUAUGUUUGAUUAAAUGAAGACUUCGCUUUAAAGACUAUUCUUCACUCAUUAAAACUGAAUGUUUUAUAGCUUUGAGUAUGAUUUAUGAUUGAGUCCUUCCCCUCUGGCUAAUUCCCUAAGAGAAAGUAAUCUCUUAAAGUUGGACUUGAGUGCCAUGAUUCCUUAAUAAGCCACUCGUCUGGCUAA